AUGGCGUACGGCUCCUUCCUCCUCUUGUCCACCGCCGGCGCCACCUACACCUUCGCCAUCUACUCCAAGGACAUCAAGUCGACGCUGGGGUACACGCAGGAGCAGCUCAACACCGUCGGCUUCUUCAAGGACGUGGGCGGCAACAUCGGCAUCCACGCAGGCCUCAUCGCCGAGCUCGCCCCGCCCUGGCUCGUCCUCGCCGUCGGUGCCGCCGUGAGCCUCGGCGGCUACCUCAUGCUCUACCUCUCCGUCACAGGCCGCGCCCGCCCCGCCCCGCCGCUCUGGCUCGUCUGCCUCUACAUCGCUGUCGGCGCCAACUCCCAGGCCUUCGCCAACACCGGCGCGCUCGUCACCUGCGUCAAGAACUUCCCCGAGAGCCGCGGCGUCAUGCUCGGCCUCCUCAAGGGCUUCGUCGGCCUCAGCGGCGCCAUCUUAACCCAGCUCUACCUCGCCUUCUACGGCUCCGGAGGCGGCGGCGGCGACAGCAGGCCCCUCAUCCUCCUCGUCGGCUGGCUCCCUGACGCCGUCUACGUCGCUUUCCUCGCCACCAUACGGGUCAUACGCGCGCCGCGGUCUCCCGUUGCUGCACGCCGGGAGUACCGCGCCUUCUGCGCCUUCCUCUACGUGUCACUCGCGCUCGCCGACUACCUCCUGGUCGCCAUCGUCCUGCAGAAGCGGUUCCAGUUCACACGGGCAGAGUACGCCGCCAGCGCCGCCGUCGUGUUCCUCAUGCUGCUGCUUCCGCUCGGAAUCGUCCUGCGCGAGGAGACCGCGCUGUUCAAGUCCAACAUCACCAACGCGCCAGCUGAAGAGCAAGCUGCAGAAAUGCCGGCUCUGCCCGCGGCGACCGCCGCCACGAAGCAGCAGCCAUCACCAGCACCAGCGAUGGAGGGCCAAAGGUUGCUGCUUUCGCUGGGGCCGCCGCCGCGCGGCGAGGACUACACGAUCCUGCAGGCGCUGGUGAGCAUGGACAUGCUGCUGCUGUUCACGGCGUCGUUGUUCGGCAUAGGCGGCAUGCUGACGGCGAUCGACAACAUGGGCCAGAUCGGCGAGUCGCUGGGGUACCCGCGGCGGAGCGCUGCCACCUUCGUCUCCCUCAUCAGCAUCUGGAACUACCUCGGCCGCGUCGCCGCAGGAUUCGCAUCGGAGGCCCUGCUGUCCCGGCACCGCCUCCCGCGGCCGCUCAUCCUGGCCGGCGUGCUCCUGCUCAGCGUGCUGGGCCACCUGCUGAUCGCGUUCGGCGUGCCCGGGUCGCUGUACGUGGCGUCGGUGGUGAUCGGGUUCUGCUUGGGCGCCGCAAAGCCGCUCAUCCUCGCCAGCGUGUCGGAGCUGUUCGGUCUCAGGUACUACACCACCAUGUGCAACUUCUGCGGCACGGCCACCCCCCUGGGGACGUACGUCCUCAACGUCCGCGUCGCCGGCCGCAUGUACGACCGGGAGGCGGCAUGGCAGCAGGGCGCGGUGGCCGCGCUGGCGGGGAAGGGGGUCACGUGCACUGGCGUCCGGUGCUACAGGGAGUCUUGGUCAUCACCGCGGUCACCGUGGCCGCGGCGGUGGUGA